AGCUUCCACCGACGCGGGCGUCCGUCUCUCGCGGCAGCAGGCAGAAGGGCGCAGGCGGACACGAUGCUGAUGCCAUGGGAAAGGACGCUGGAGACGUCGAGGCCCAGCCUCAUGGACACCGUCCGCGGAAUCCUGCGGCAGCGACUGCAGCGCUGCCGGCAGCAGCUGCGGCCGGUGUCGGCGUCCCCAGCUGGAGAGGACCCCACCAGCAAGCUACUGGCGCCAGAAGACUCGCCAGCGAACAAGCCGCGGCUGCUCACCGUGGAUGAGGCGCCCGAGCACAUGCGCUUCAACCCCUACAUACGUACCGGAUACCGGGACGUACUCUCGCCCGCCGCCUGCAUCGAAAGCGCGUUCUGGUGGACCAAUGAGACGAUCAACAUCUGGAGCCACGUGUUCGGCUGGAUGCUGCUGGGAGGUUUGGGCGCUCGCGUACUGGUGGGCUACCGGGACAUCAUCCCCCCGUCACAGCUCGUCGUCUUCAUCGGCGUCAUCGUGUGUGCCCAGAUAACGAUGGCGCUGUCGACGCUGUACCACGUGUUCGUGUGCGCGUCACAGCGCUGCCACGAGCUCUUCCUCACGCUGGACAUGCUGGGCAUCAUCAUCUCGCUGCUCUCCAUGUUCCUGUCCGGAGUACAGUAUGCUUUCUGGUGUCACGAGUGGUGGCGGCACUUCUACACGGCGACGGUGGCUCUGAUGCUGGGCGUGGCGCUGGUGGCGCAACUGCCGUGGCUGGGGGUGCCGCUGCUGGUGCGCCAGGGGGUGCUGCUGGCGUGGGCGGGCUACGGCAUGGUGCCCACCGUACACCUCGCCGCCAUGCACGGCGGCUGGGCCUCGCCCGUUGUCAAGAUAUUCCUACCAAGAAUCCUCGAACUCUAUGCGAUUGGUGGCACUGCAUUCUUGAUCUACUGCACCAAGAUCCCAGAACGUUGGUUUCCAGGUCGGCUGGACGUGGUGGGCUCUUCGCACCAGAUCUGGCACGCUCUGGUCGUGCUGGCGCUGUACCACUGGUACAACACUGGUGCCCUCUACGUCGUCUUCCGGAUGACGCACGGCUGCCCUGCCUACACGGGCAUGCUGUAGUCCCAGAACCAACAGCCGCUGGCCCCAUAGCUGCUGCCCUUGUGCACUGACACCUGUUUACCUCAUAACGUCAAACGGGUUUCCCAAGUCACGUGAUACAGCUCUCCAUUCUCAACCUGUUCUUCUCUUUUCGUCUUAUAUCCCUGAAGCGUUCCGUAAUGUUUUGUAUCAUAUACUGCAGGCUCAUUUGUAACUACCAUUAUACUUAUUUAUUUUUAUUUCUCCUCCAGCACCAUAAUGAAUAGUCACUUCGCUUUGUAACGUACAGUGCCAUAAUCAUUUUCGUCAUGGCGUGAUAUUUUUAUGUAUUAUAUCAUAAUUCAGUAAUUUGUCGUCAACAUAUUUGUUGCCUCUGUACAGAUUCCAGAUUUUUCAAGCUGUCGUAUUAUCCUUCACUGUCACGUCGUUAUUAACGAUUACAAUUUCGUUUACCUUUUCUAUUAUCCCCCUCAACACUAAGUCACCUAGCAAGUUCUCCUCUGAUUCUUUUGUCAGUAGAGUUAUUUGUGUGUCUAUUUUUGUUGUAAAUAAUGUCAUAAAAUGUCUUUACCUGU